GUUUUGAGGCAUCUUAGAUUGAGACUAUAAUCAAAAAAGAAAUGAAAGCGUUGAUGACUGUGAGCUAUGGAAGGAAAGCUACUAACCUCUAUAAAAUGUGUAUCCAUCUUCGGGAACAGUAUGUUAGCUGUGUUGUGCCUCUUGCUCCUGCAAACUCAAGUCCAUGGAUUUGGGAUUUUACCAGGAAAGUCCCUGAGUCACCUGGAAAUUACAGAACGUGCAAUUUUAAAUACCACAGUACACGUUUGCCACGCUUUGGCCAGAGCCGAGGGAACAGACUUCACUUUUCCUCCACAGCCUUUCACAGCAAAAUCUGUUGCCGUUGCAUGCAAUGCACCUAAGUCAUCCAAAACCUUCCGUCAAGCCAUCAUAGCCGUCAUAUUCCACAAUGUUAGGGUGGACAUUCGUCAUGCCCUCAAUGGAAGCUUCCACUUUGACGAGGAAAUGUUUGUACAAGGAAAACAAAUCAUCAUGCAGGGGAUACAAGCUAUAAAAGCAAGCAACAAGCAAGAGAACUUUGAAGCGGCAAGGGAGAAACUAGGAGAGACUUUGCAUCCUUUACAGGAUUUCUACAGUCACAGCAACUGGGUGGAACUGGGGAAAAACGGCCCUAAUGCCAAUCUGAUUAGAUCAGAUGUCAGCAUUGGUAUCAUUGCAGAUGAAAGUAGGGCGACGUGUCGCAACUGUGAUGGAGACGACUGCACGAACAACAUUUUGGAGGACAUCAUAAGUGAGGGGAUACUGACCUCGGGGUACUUUGGUAUUGUACCUUUGGUCUCAACCAAACCGAAAGGAAAAUGCAGCCACGGAGGAGCAGUGGAUCAAACGAGUACCAUUGAGCCUAAAGGCGGAAUCAACAAAGACACGUUUGAUGCCAGUCAUGGACAUCUCCACACGAAAGCAGCAAACAUCGCCCAAGCUGCAACCAGUCAGCUACUGGAGGAAAUCCAAGGGGCUGCCGGUGACAGACCCUUCCUUGAGAUGAUGGGAAUCUCCAAAGGAUCCAGUAAAGCCCUCUGUUUUGUGAUCGACACCACAAAGAGUAUGAGUGAUGACAUCGAAGCAGUGAGGGGAGUAACGUCCACGAUUAUAAACAGUGAAGUGGGAACAGACAAUGAGCCGUCCAUGUACAUUCUAGUUCCAUUCAACGACCCAGGAUUCGGGCCUCUGAUAAAGACAACAGACCCCCAAGUCUUCAAGAGAAUUAUUAACUCCCUCUCAGUGACAGGUGGAGGAGAUGAGGCGGAAAUGAGUCUCUCUGGGCUACAGCUGGCUUUAAGUAAUACUCCUGCCAAUUCUGAGAUCUUCCUCUUCACUGAUGCACCUCCUAAAGACAAAAACCUGAAAAGCGCAGUGAUUGCACUCAUAGAACGAACUCAGAGUGUGGUAAACUUCAUGAUAACGGACUCAAACACGACCAACCGCCGCAGACGGAGUUCUGGCAGCAAGCAGCACAGAGUAUUAGGGGCAGCAGAUGCUCAGGUGUACAGAGACCUGGCUCAGGCUUCGGGAGGUCUCGCUAUCGAAGUCACAAAGAGUGAGCUUCCUGAAGCCACCAGCAUCAUAAUAGAAUCUUCCAGCGCCUCUCUGGUGACUCUGCUUCAAGCAGCCAGGGAUCCGGGAAAAACAGAUCAAUUCCCCUUUUUAGUCGAUGACACUGUUUCAAACGUGAGAGUCUACAUCACCGGGCAAUCUGUCACUUUCACUCUCGUAAGCCCCACAGGUGCAUCGCAGCAAAGCACCGACACAUCGGGAUCAUUGAUCACCCAGACCAAGUCGGUGGGAAACUUCCAGACUCUGUAUCUCAUAAAAGUCGUUGGACUGUGGGAAAUAAGGAUGGCAUCUACGAACGCUUACACUCUGAAGGUCACGGGUCAGAGUGAUAUUGACUUCCUGUUUGACUUUGUGGAGGUGUCCCAGGGCCCGUUCACAGGAUUCGAUGCUCUCGACACUCGUCCCAGCGCCGGUGUGAAGAGCAGCUUGUUGGUGUCUUUAACGGGAACCGACACGGGGGAAGUGACAGAAGUCAAACUGGUCGACUCGACAGGGUCAGAGGAGAUCACAGGAGUCUUGGAGCCACAGGGGAGCGGGAAUUUCUUAGUCACGGUUGAACGUAUUCCACUAGUGGAGUUUGUGGUGUGGGUGAAAGGACGUGCAGAUUCAACAAUCUUCCAAAGGCAGUCACCGACCAACUUCAGAGUCUCCAAUGUGACCAUCACUGCCGACUCAAGUAACAUCUUAGUACCAGGAACACCGUUCUCUGUGCCCUUCUCUGUGAGGACCAGCGGAGCGGAAGGCAAUUUCACAAUCCGUGUCACCAACAACCAACAAUUUGACUCAGCAUUUCCGAGCACUUUGUUCCUGGAGAGUGGAAACAGCAGUGACGGCACAGUGAACCUCACGGCUCCUCUUAACACCCCGUCUGGCACGGAUGUCACUCUGACCAUCGAGGCCGAGGCUCCGGCGGCUGCAGACACCAACUAUGUCAUGCUGCGGUUUUCUGUUCUUAACACGGUGACUGAUUUCACUCCACCACGAUGUGAGCAGCUCAGUCUGGACUCCAGGUGCUCUGACGAGUGCAGCCUCUCUCAGUGGACGCUCUUCGCUCGAGUGAUUGAUGGGGACGACGGGGUGGGCGUCGACCGCGUCAGCCUCAAACAAGGUAACGGGACCAUGAACGCCACUCUGAAUGCCGGCAAUGAGAACAUAACCAUGGUGUCCUACAGCGCUUCGUGCUGUUCACCCGAUAUGGAGCUGCAGGUCGUGGACCUGGUGGGAAACGUGGGCACGUGUAUCUUCACGAUCCGGGAAGGUUCGUCCUCUCCGAUCUCUCCGUCCACAAGAGUCACUCAGUCACUUUUUCUAAGUCUGAGCACGGUGAUACUUGGACUCUAUAUCACAACAGAAGGGGGCAUUCAGUGACCCCUGUCUUACUUCCAAUACAGUACAUCAUUACAAUCACUAAAGGGUCUCUCAAGGAAAAAAAUAACAAAAAAAUAGAGUUUGAUGGUGUUAGAAAAGCAGCAUGGCAUCAUGGGAAUUGUUGUGCUAUUGCCAAAACUUUGGAGGCACAACGUGCAGCUAAUGGUGAUGAGUAGUUGUGAUCCAUUAGUGACAAAUUAACACAAUUAAAUGAGAAAAAAAACACUAGAUAAGUAGUAGUGCUGAGUAUGUCCUCCCCCUUGUAGACUAGUAUUAGAACAAUUAUAGGCCAAUAUUUGCCAUUUGGACAAUUAUUAUUUAUUAUUAAUGAUUAUGCAUUUUUUUUGAUGACCUGUUUCA